AUGGGCGACGGAAGCAACCAAGACUUGGAUCCCGAAUUCUUCACCAAGCUAUCCGAGGGCCAGACACCAGAGUACCUCUGGAUCGGAUGUAGCGACUCGCGCAUCCCCGCGGAGCAGAUCACCGGGCUUGAGCCUGGUGAGGCUUUUAUCCACCGGAACAUCGCCAACCUCGUGUGCAACAUUGACCUCAAUUCCAUGUCCGUCAUCGAGUACGCCGUCAGACACCUCAAGGUCAAGCACAUUGUUGUGUGCGGCCACUACGGCUGCGGAGGCGUCAAGGCCGCCAUGACGCCGCAGGACCUCGGCAUCCUCAACCCGUGGCUCCGAAACAUUCGCGACGUCUACCGUCUGCACGAGAAGGAGCUCGACGCCAUCAAGAACGAAGAGGAGAGGUACAACCGCCUCGUCGAGCUCAACGUCGUCGAGCAGUGCAAGAAUGUCAUCAAGACCGCCGCCGUCCAGGAGUCGUACGCGAAGCAGCAGUAUCCCGUCGUGCACGGCUGGGUCUUUGGCUUCCGCGAUGGCCUGCUCAAGGACUUGAAGAUUGACCACGAGGCCAUGCUCCGCGACAUUCAGAAAAUCUACAACCUCAUGGAGUCAUAG